GGAUGCCAUGGUUACAAUUGGUGCUCUCCGACACCGUGCACAAUCUAGUGACCGGAGUCAAAGAUGGACCGUCGCGAGGAUACGGCAUCAAGCUGAACAUCGUUCAGAAAUCUGUGCCAGUUGUGGAGAUGGGCACCGACUCCAUCUUUCACCCGAAUGCGUCGUGGCUGUUGCAGGCUGCUUCCGGCAGUAGCAGCAAGGCCGAUGGACUCUACGAGUACUACCAGGAUGAGAUGAGCAUUUGCCGAUUGAAGCUUGCCUUAACGGUGAAUGCAGUGAAGCUGGACGUGAAGGCCCGCCCAGACAUCCUGGUCGUGCGGCCCCCGGCUUUGUGCAAAACUUCUGGCAGGGUAAUGAUGGCCUUGUCGAUCUUGCUUGCCUUGCGAGACAAGCAAGCGGCCCACAACCUGGAGCGCGACAUCAAGGACCUGGAUGAGAGCUUGUCAGAACCACUGGCGGAUGUUCUUCAGGGAGCUUACGAAAGAUGCGAGGACGAGGCAAUCUCCAGGAAUGCCCGUGGCGAGAGCGAAGGGCCAGGCAGAGGCGACGACCGGCCGGCCAGCAAGCGCAAGGCCUAUGAGGGAUACACCGAUGCAUCCUCUCCAAGUCGGAGGAGAGUACGAGCCGACCUUGACAAGGCGACUUCACGGUCGCAAUCCAGACAGAGGCACGUCGUGUCUGACGACGGCGGUGAGGGCGGCUGGGGAAACGGCAGAGGCAGCCAGGACUGGUCCGACUGGGGCUGGCAGGACUGGAGCAGCAUGGGCUGGGACUAUAACUACAGAGGUGGUGGCGGCCGUUACGACGACAGUUACGACUACGGCAAGCCGAAGAAGCCAGGUGGUGUCUACGAAGGCUGCGCCCUCACUGCACUCGCCGGUGUUGCUGUGCUCUGGAUCGUGACGCCAAGUCCACGUCACGGUGUCAAGAUGAACAUCGUCAACAGUAAUGUUCCAGUUGUUGAGCUGGCGACCCACUCGAUCUUCCAUGGCAACGCCUCGUGGCUUUUGCAGGCAGCCACCGGAAGCUGCGGCAGAGCCGAUGGGCUCUACGAGUAUUGCCAGGACAAAGAGGUCACCUCCAUUUGCGUCAGAGAUCUCCGAAUAGCUCGCGAUGAGAUUAGCAUUUGCCGCCUGAAAGAUCGACCAGACAUAAUGGCGGUGGGAACCAACGGCAAGCGCUCAGUCAUGUUUGCCUUGUGCAUCAUGCUCGCUUUGCUGGACACGAAAGCUGCCAAUGCCCUUGAGCGAGACAUCCGGGACACGGAUGCCAGCCUCUCCGAGAUCUUGGAAUGGCGGAGGCGGAGCUGGGUCAUGGAACAAUUCCUACAAGGCAAUUGGGGCGCUGCCUUUCUGCUGGAUGCUCGGUACAGGGCUGUGCAUUUACCCAAGAAUCAGUUGGUCUACUCCGAGAUCUGUUUCGGAGUGGCUGGGGGAAUUUAUCUCGGCUCCCAAGAGUUAGGCCACGCGGUGGUCGCGGGCGCAAGGAGGCAGGUGGUGCCAGAUGUCGACGAUCUAGACCAGCAUUCAUGGCCCCCGACCCGUCGCGCGGACGGGACUAACGAGCUGAGCCUUCAAUGGAGUGCAAGGUUGUGUUCAUUUCUGAGCAUGGACGCGGGUGGAGAACGGCCACCGCACGGAGGUCGGUUGCUCCUGUCAGAGCAGGUGUAUCAUGCAUGCCUGGCUCAUGCGCUGAUGAGUGAAAAUGAAGAGAUCAUGGGAUUGCUUCUUGGCGACGCGGAAGGCUCUGAGGUUCGGAUAUGGUGUUCAAUGACCUUGCGCCGAAGUGACAAGCAACCAGAUCGAGUCGAAAUCGCACCAGAGCAGCUGGUUCAGGCAGUCCAUGUGGCGGAUGAGUUGAACAAGGUGCUGCAGUGCCGUACCAGGGUGGUGGGCUGGUACCACUCGCAUCCGCACAUCACCUGCUUUCCAAGCCAUGUAGAUCUUCGAACUCAGCUGGAGUACCAGAUUAUGGAUGCAGACUUUGUUGGAUUGAUCUUUGGAGUUUUCAACUACGGAGACUCUGGUGGCAUCCAUCAUGAGCUCAUCGCUUUCCGCACACACGAGGAGGGAGGACAGCAUCAACAGAGAAACUUGGCUGUCGAAGUGGUCCCUCUUUGCCAGCUGCUCUCGCAGGAAGAUGAGGCUGCCGCGGUACAGCUUCAGGAGUUCGGAGGCUUCUUCGGCCAGAGAACCAUUUGCACCGUUGCCGAGCACACUUUGGCGGAAGUCUUGGAGAUGCACGACGGAGGCCCAAUGCUCGCACGAUGCCCUCCCUUUAGCGACAGUUUUUGCUGCUUGGGCUUCCUCUUCAGGCGAGAGGCCUCUCGCUCUCGCAGUGCGGCAGUCUCCACGGCCGGAGAAGAGCCCACAAGAAGAGUCUUGCAAAGAGAUGCCUUGGAGUGGAUGCAGGAGCUUGGGACCUCAGGCUUUCCCGAGAAUUCCUGUGUGUUUACCUCCUUGCCCGACUGGUCGGAGAUCAAGAAAGGUCAGAACCUUCCACUCAACAUGUACGUUGCCUGGUUUCGGCGAGCACUCAGGCUGCUCUUUCGAGCUUGCAAGAAAGAGACCAUCGUUGUGUUUUAUCAGACAGACAUCUGUAGUAGUGGGCAGUGGCUAGACAAGGCUGCGAUGAUCUGCCAGGAAGCUGACAUGGCAGGGGCCGCUUUGCUCUGGCACAAGAUCAGCUUCGAUCCAGAGGCCGUGGACAUGCCGCGCCGGGGCAACAACGCAGACUACUCCCACCUUCUCUGUUUCCUGAUAUCCAGCGGUGCCCCGGACCCGCGUUGGGAAGCGACCGCCCGCGAUGAAGGACGAGCCGUGCUGAGCGGGAAGUGCAGCAUUCCUGAUCUCGUGCCCAGAGGCCGAAAGGUUUAUGCACAGGGUAUGGGUGCCAAUGUCGUGACCACCGUGCUCUCUUGGAUCCGCAAGGUGAAGCCCACGACUGAAACUAUCGUCGACCCCUUCUGUGGUCGUGGUACGGUUCUUGCUGUUGCGAAUCAACUCGGCUUGUCGGCCCUGGGAGUUGAUGUGGACCAAGCCUGCAUGAAGGCAGCGCAGCGUCUCGACAUGCAGAGGUUUCUGUCUUCAGAGACGCUUCAGCCGGUGAGCUUCUAUCUGGCAAGGGCAGCAGCUGGCAGGGCCCGGAAGGAGCAAAGUCUGCGUGGAGAGCCCGAGCGCGGCCUGGGCUAA